UCAGCGACGGCGGCGGCCUUGAUUUUCCCGGAGUGGCAGAAUUAGGUUGCAGACGUGAGGUCUGGCACACCUGAAGGAUCGCGGGGCCGUCGUGGCCACAUCCGGGAAGACGCGCAUGAGUCACGCACUCCCGCUCCCAUCUGCUCGUCCAUCCAGUCCGCCCCGUCCCUCCAGUGGGCGACUCCCAGCUCCCACCUCCACCGGCCGCGCGAGCCCCACGGGGCCGGGGCGGGGCGCCAAGGGGCGGGACUGCCCCUUAAAGGGCCCCGGCCGCUGCCAGUUGGACAUUUCCUGGGGGCGGAGAGGACUUCUGCGCGCUGCGGCGACAUCCAGGGAAGGCAGCGAGUUCCGAGUUCCCAGACUCCUGGCUGCUUACAUCAGAGCCCUGGGACACUCCCAGCUCAGGUUGAGUGGGCUUCGUCGCCUCGCAGCAGAUACAGCGCGGCUAGUCAUUCGCUCCCAUCAGCUCCGUGUCCGUUUCCCGGGUCGGGUGCCGGGAGGCUGGCCAGACUUCUCGCUGGUCCCUAGAGCCCUGUGUGGGCUCCCCUACGGUGACAGCCGUCUGCCUAGAAACUCGGAAGCUGGGCCCCUCAGAGUCGGGCCUCUGCUCACCACCGUCACCUGCUGGUUGAAUUCCAGAAUCCCACUGUCUGAAGACCACAGAAAGGGAACCGCUGACCACCCAGAAUUGGACAAGUUUGGACGGAAAGCUCCCUUCCCCUCUCUGGCUGCCCUCUGCUCUUUUCAUCUGUUCUUUCAACCUUUCGGGGAUUUCUGUGUCCUGAAUUCCCACCCUACCACCAAAAUACGUGGGGUGAGCUACAAACUUUGCUAACUUGUACUCCAACCUGUGCCUCCAACUCAGCAAGUCUGAACGGUAGCACCCAAUCUUGCGUAUACCCAGGAAGUUCUGCCUUUCCUUCUCCUUCCUUGUUUCCUGUACUCCCCAAAAUUUCCCCUCCUCCAGUGCCCUCCUCGCCCCCCUCCUUUGGGGGCCCCGUGACCCUGAAUGUGGGGGGCACACUAUAUUCUACCACUUUGGAGACCCUAACCCGCUUCCCAGACUCCAUGCUGGGGGCCAUGUUUAGGGCUGGCACCCCCAUGUCUGCCAAUGGCAACCCCCAAGGAGGUGGCCAGUACUUCAUCGACCGGGAUGGCAAGGCCUUCCGGCACAUCCUUAAUUUCCUGCGACUAGGCAGACUGGACCUGCCCCUUGGGUAUGGAGAGACAGCGCUUCUCAGGGCAGAAGCUGACUUCUACCAGAUCCAGCCUCUCCUGGAUGCCCUGAGAGAACUGGAGGCCUCUCGAGGGACACCUGAACCCACAGCUGCCCUGCUUCAUGCAGAUGUAGACGUCAGCCCCCGCCUGGUGCACUUCUCUGCUCGAAGGGGCCCACACCACUAUGAGUUAAGCUCUGUCCAGGUGGACACCUUUCGAGCCAACCUCUUCUGCACUGACCCGGAGUGCCUAGCUGCCAUGCAGGCCCGAUUUGGUGUGGCCAAUGGGGACAGGGCAGAGGGGGGCCCACAUUUUCACUUGGAGUGGGCCCCCCGCCCCACAGAACUCCCUGAGGUGGAGUAUGAGAGACUAGGGCUGCAGCCGUUGUGGACUGGAGGGCCAGGAGAGGGGCGCCAGGUGGUGGGAAUGCCGAGCUUCCUGGAGGAGGUUGUUCGGGUGGCUCUGGAGCAUGGCUUCCGCCUGGACUCUGUCUUCCCUGACCCUGAAGACCUGCUCAACUCUCGAUCUCUACGCUUUGUACGACAUUGAGGAUGUGACUCUCAGUUUGCUUGUGGGGAAGAGAGGGAAUGGGGCAGCUAGAGGGAGUAAAGACUCCCCUGAAGCCUCUUUCUAGCUCUAGUGUGGGAGCUGUGAGGGUCAGGGGUCUUACUGCACCUGACCUGAGCCCAGAUAUGGGCUGGAAUUCUAGAACCUGAGCUCACUGAGGGCUCACAAGUGAUCCAGAGGGUCUGGACUGGUGCUUAUUCUGGGGUGGGGCACGGCAGUGAAGAUUCUCUUGGUUUGUUCUUGCUUGAGGCUUCCGGUGUCUCUGUUGAAGCUCAGUGUUCAGGGAUCUAGAAAAAUGGAAAACACAUCUCUGCCUAGCCUUGACCUGGCAGAAGCCUGGAGGGACACUGAGGUCUGGGGGGGAAAAGGAUACUUUGGAUUGCCUUAAUGUGGGGUCUCCUGGACUGUGGCCUUCCCUCCUGGUCCUGGGUGGCCUGGUAUGGCCAAAGAGAGGCCAGAACACUAUGGGACACAGGAAGGAAGGUUCUUUGGUAUGUUUCAAGCCACCUACUGAGGGGGACAGAAAGGCCUCCAUAAGUUGACGUAUAGGAGGUAGGAGCAAGGACACUGGAGUUCCCCUCUGGAAUUACAAAUGUUUUAAACAAUCCUAUUUUGAAGGUGGGUCUGGCCACAGGGAGAAGUUAGUAUCUUUUUUGUGGCUUUCAUGUGUGUGUUCGUGUCAGCCAGUGUGUCUGACGAAUGCAUGGGUCUCUGGGAUCCAGGUUUCCAUCUGUGUUGCUGACUACAGUGUUUAUGUGAUGGUCCUUCUGUGGUCCCUGCAUGUCUAGGCAUGUUUGGCGUUACACAGCAACGGUUCUGGCCCAGGUUUAUCUGUGGUACAAGUGUGAGUAGAUUGAGAUUUAGUUUAAUCAUAGGGUGUGUAUGUGUGUGCAUGUGUGUUUAUGUGCCUGUAAUCGCCAUGUAGGCAGGAGAGGCUUAUUUGCAUUUGAGUCACUAGGAUCUUCCUGUGAGAGGUAAAAGAAGUCACUGGGCCUUGCUGGGCCCCUGAGACUUGUAGGGAGUGCUUAGUUGCCUCAGCAACCAUGGGCCUGUUGCUAGGAGAUAGCUGGGGGAAGGCCCAAGGCUGCCCUGGGCAGACAGAAGAGAUGAAGAGUUUGGGAGAGUGGGGGAGGAUAUAGGAAUGGAUGGAAUCUCAGUUCCUGAGUGGACAGGAUACACAUGCAUAAUUUCUUCACUGAGGGAAUUGUUCAUUUUUUUAUCACUGAUAAUUACAAAAAGAACAAUAAAAGUGCUUUUUUGAA